GCAGGAGCGAAGAAGUACGCGUGCGCCUCGUGCGCGGCGCGCUUCCACACGACGUCCAACCUGCGCUCGCACGAGCGCCGCGCGCACCGCCCGCCCGACCAGCGCUACGCGUGCGCGCGCUGCGAGCGGCGCUUCCACGACCGCACCAAGCUGCGCCGGCACCUCGACGCGCACGACCACGUCAAACGGUUUAAAUGCGAUCACUGUCUCGCGCGAUUCUCUCGUCGCUGUCACUGGAAGCGGCACCUGGAGAGACAGCACGCCGUGUCGGUGCCCCCCCAGCGGCCCGGCCGGCGACCCACGCGCCUGCUGCUGGGGGAGCAGCCGCAGUGACGCGCAGCGACGCAGUCGCGGGGACACUCGUGGCGACUCGCAGGCCGCCGGGAGAGGAUCUCUUCGUGACGGUCACAUCACGAGCGGCUGAGGGUGGAUUGCGGAUUGCUCCGGCGAUCGGUCUACCAGCUUUUCUUGUACGAUAUCACAUCACGAAGCGACGAGUAGCGAGCGAACGAACGGACGGACGGAGCGCAUAGCUUUGCAUAAGAGACGUCCUCGGUAGAGACGAUCAUACGUAUGGUGCUCGAAGCUGCUGAGAUUAGUACAAUACACCUAUUUAUUUACAUAUAUGUACAUAUUAUGUAGUUAUCGAUAUGACUCACGUCACUAGGUGUGAUAUGUAUUUAUUAUGUAAAUAAAACAA